CUCCGGCACUCCGUCUCACCUACCGCGCGCGCAGCAGCAGUCCGGAUCGUGCCUCACACGCGCUCAGAUAGACACUCAUUUAUCCCCUCGCGCUCUGACUGAAGCUGCCGGCAGCGCGAGCCUCACCGAUCUCAGCACGCGUUUAGUUACGGCGCGUCUCCGCUGAGCGAAACACACACACACACACUCUCUCUCACGCGCGCGCGGGAUGGGGUGCUCCGCUGGGUGAAGUGUUUGUCACUCCGGAUCCGCGUGCAGCCUCAGCAGAAUGAGCUCGUGGAUAAAACUGUUACUGCUGGCCGGCGCGUGCCUCGCGCUCAGCGCCUCACCUGAAUCCAGGUUAACGAGGCCCGAGUUUGGGACCAAUGGGAUCUGUCGUUAUGGCAACAGGGUGGAGUGCUGCUGGGGCUGGACCAGAGAGAGCUGGGGGGAGUGCAGACCGGUGUGUGAGCUGGGCUGCAAGCAUGGCGAGUGUGUGGGGCCAGGUCAGUGCCGCUGUCAUCCUGGAUACACAGGCAAAACCUGCAACCAAGAUGUAAAUGAGUGUGGAUUGAAGCCCCGCCCAUGUAAACACCGCUGUAUGAACACGGUGGGCAGUUAUAAGUGUUACUGUCUAAACGGAUACAUGAUGAUGGCGGAUGGCACCUGCAAGAAUGCCCGCACAUGCGCCAUGGCGAACUGCCAGUACGGCUGUGCUGUGAUGAAGGGUGAGAUAAUGUGUCAGUGCCCGUCGCCAGGGUUACGUCUGGGCCCAGACCGCCGGACCUGUGUGGAUAUCGACGAGUGUGCGACGGGGGAGGCGAGGUGCCCAAGGUUUCGGAAGUGUGUGAACACGUUCGGCAGUUACAUCUGCAAAUGCCACAAAGGCUUUGAGCUGCGCUACAUUAACGGCAAAUACCAGUGCGCAGAUAAGAAUGAUCGCUGCCACGACAAACCGGAAUCCAAGAAGUGCAAAUGUAAACUUGACCCCUAUGGCAGGGGCUAUGACUGCAAACCUGUUAUUAAAGUGACUAUUGAGCCAGCCAGACCAGCUACAACAGCAAAACCUACAACACGGGUCACCACGGCAACAGUAACUACGACUACCAAUCCUCCAACAACCACUAUCACAACUACAACCAAACCACCAACUACUACCACAACAACCACAUCACCAACAACCACCAUCAGCACUACAACAAUUCCACCAACAACAUUUUUAACCACUGUUGCUACAACAACAAUGCCAACCACUGUUGCUAUGACAACAAUGCCAACCACUGUUGCCACAACCACGAUUCCAACCACUGUCCCUACGACCACGAUUCCAACAACUGUCCCUACAAGGAUCCCAACAACUGUCCCUAUGACAACAAUCCCAACAACUGUCCCUACGACAACGAUUCCAACAACUGUCCCUACGACGACAAUCCCAACAACUGUCCCUACGACGACAAUCCCAACAACUGUCCCUACGACAACGAUUCCAACAACUGUCUCCACAACAACAGUACCAACCACUGUGGUCACAACCAUAGUUCCAACAACUCUCGCCAUGGAAACAACAACUAUUCCAGAAAGUACAACUACGGAGCUACCAACUACAACAACAGCUGCCACAACAACUACCUCCACAACUGUUACCACAACAACCACCACCACUACAACAACCACAAGUUCCACUCCUGCAGCCCCUCCACCAACAGCACCUCCAACCACGAGCCCACUGAUCACCAGUACGCUAGACAACCGCAUCCAAAAGGAGAUAACUCAGAGACCACGUGGAGAUGUACACAUUCCGAGGAACCGUGGUGAGAACAGUGUGUUUGAUCUGGACUUUGAUAUCGAGCUGGGGAACACGGCAGAGUUCGCCCGAGAUGAUCCGGGUGCGGGAUCUUUGAGCUGCUCUUUUGAUCAGGGAGUUUGCAGCUGGAUGACUGACCGUGAAGGAGACGUGCGCUGGGAAACGGUCAAUGAUCCAGAAGGUGGGCGAUACCUGACAGUAGCAGAGGCACCAUCUAGACGAAGCUUCAGAGGGGCACGGCUCACCAUUCCUUUAUCCUCGCCAACGAAUCCGCCAUGGAAAGGGGGUGACCUUUGUCUGGCCUUCAGGCACCGCCUCCAUGGCCAUCACAUUGGCUCCCUGCAGCUGUUUGUGAGAAAUGGGCGGAGUCACAGCCCUGCCAUCUGGAACAGGACUGGCGGGCAUGGCUGGAGGCAAACGCAGAUCACUUUGUGGGGACAGGGCUUGAAGAGUGUGGUCUUAAAAGGAGAACGGAGGAGAGGAAGGAGUGGAGAGAUCGCUGUCGAUGACUUCAUCUUACGGAGAGGAGCAUGUGGUGAUGGAAGUAGAGAGUAACACACACAAACACAAACACACAUUUACUCACAACCACAAGUAUCAGUUUUCACAAAGAGGAACUCAGAGGAUUGACUGUUCACCACCCAGCAUCAGGACCGCUGUGCGGGGUCUCUGAUCCAUAUGGAUACGGGGUAGAGACCACUGUGAGCACUGGACUCGAGGUUCUGAUGAGUACCUGUUCUUCUUGUUAGUUGGUAGUAAUCUACACAACAGCUUCUCUGGAGACUCUCUGUUCCACAUGGUGUUUACACUCGACAUGCUGAAAGAAUCCAUCCACUAUGAGGCGACCCUCUGUCAGCUUCUGUUCUGCCAGGGGGUCCGGCUCCCCUUCUGUUCCCUCACUCAAUUCUAGAGAGGGAGCUGAGCAAGAAGACAGAAUCAGCUUUUGCAGGUUAUUGUGCAUGUUUGUUUGUUUUACACACUUUUAGCUUUGAAUUGCUUUGAAUGCAACAGGAUUGUUUUUUUUUAUGGUUUUCUAAUUGAAAUAUGAGCAUCAUUUUCAUGUAUGCACUUAGAACUAGGGUGAAUUAAGGGUGAUUGAGACACAGGGGGCAUUUACCGAUAUAUGGCACACCAGUCAUUUGCACACUGCAUAGCUUGAUUUAGAGCAUGUUAAGUGUGUCUUUGGUAUCGUAAGGGUGCAAAAACAAAAGGCCUUUCACAGCUCCAAAUGCACAAAAGGUAAAAAAAACGAAUUCUCUUAAUUAAUCAUGGUUGUGUUUUGGGCGUAACGUGAAAUUAACGUGACUAAUUAUUCAGUUGUCAUUCCCUUUAAGAAGCAGGUGCGCUCUGACCUUGGCGAGUUGGUAUCUUAACAGCGCUGCACUUUUUGCUCAGCAGAGGAUGAUCAUUCUAGUCAUGCUGUUUAGGUACACUAUCAGCUCAUUUACGGGAACACUAUUGUUAUUUUAUUCUUUACUCUGUUUAUUGUUGCAGUGCAUUUAUUUGUGUGUGUAACGAGCAAGGGUGUACACACACAAGGCUAACAUACGAUUGGACAGCUAACUGUUGACUGUUGUCAGGGUUUUAAUCAGUCAGUGGCGUAUAGUGACCUGUAUUUCCCGCAGCCAAGAUAAAGACAUGCCUGAACACACCUCAUGUCCAGAUCUCUAUGCCCAUCAGUGUGGAUUUAUUCCUACUCAAGGUGUGAAAAUAGACUGUUGAAGGGGUGUAAGAUAGCAAUGAGCAUCGCAACGCACCUUGCGCAUGGGUGUACGUUAGGACCCAGGGUCAAAUGGGGUUGUUUAGCUUUGUUUAGCUAGGUUUAUUUUCUUACGUGAAGCAAAAAAGCAAGUUUUUCCCACAAAAUUGUAAUUAACAUCUCCAGUAUGACAUGAAUUGAUUGCUUGUUUGGCUAUUUUGUUCCAUUAAUGGCAACAGGCAACAAAAACUACACCAAUCACCCUUAAUUCACCCUGUAUACUACUGUUACAGUAGUCAUCAGUGAAAUAUAUGAAUAUUUGUAGAUACAUUUUUUAAAUAAUUAACAAUAAUAUAAUGUAGGUUCCCCCUCAUUAAAAAAAAAGAUUUCACCCAUUAAGGCGUGGACUUUAGAAAACCUCUUCAGCAGAUCCUGUAAGUACAACCCCAAUUCCAAUUAAGUUGGGACAUUGUGUAAAACAUGAGUAAAAACAGAUCAUUUGCAAAUUCUUUUCAACCUAUAUUCAAUUAAUUACACCUCAAAGACAAUAUAUUUCAUGGAUAAACUGAUCAUCUUUAUUUGUUUUUGCAAAUAUUCAUUCAUUUUCUAGAAACCUAAGGAUGCUUUACAAUUUACACGUUUAACACAACCAUUUAGCAAUCAUCCACACAUCGGUGAGAAGCAGCGGCCAAUAGCGCACAGUGUACUCUCAACCGGAAACAACUGUCCACCUGGAGGACUGCAUUGGGCACUACAGCAUUUACCCAGGACAGAGUGCCAAUCCAUAUCUGGGCACACAUAUAUACAUUUUACACACACCCAAUCCAAUCCUAUAGACAUGCCUAUACAUACAUACACAAAUCAAUUUAGAGUAUUCAGUUUUCAAUAGUCAACAGUAUUCAAUGUUUUGAACAUUAAAUAUCUGGUAUUUGUAGUGUAUUCAAUUAAAUAUAGGUUAAAAGGUUUGCAAAUCAUUGUAUUCUGUUUUUUUUUUAUUAUGUUUUACAUAACUUCCCUGCUUCAUUGGAACUAAGGUUGUAGUCAAGUAGGACCUUCUUGAUCAUAAAUGGUUCUUGGUGAUGCUCUGACCCAGUUUUCUAGCCAUCACACUUUCCUUUAUGUCAAAGUGUCUCAGAUUCUUAUGUUUGGCCAGUUUUCCCACAUCUAAAUCAAUCAAUUCAAGAAUUGACUGAUCACUCGCUGCCUAAUAUAUCUAUUUCUCCACAGGUUGAAACCUUUUAAACCAGAUUAUCAACACUCAUCAUCAAUAUUCACUUCCCCUGACUGUUUAAUGUUUUUACUGGUCAGUGCAUUACAUCACAAGUAGAUCUUUGUUGUAAAUUAUUAUUGUUUUAAUAACAAUUAAGGUGCUCAUAUAGACACUGAGUUUAAUUUUUUAUUCACGUGGAAAUUAUACGCAUAUCUGAAUCAAGCACUUUUCUCAGUUGAUGGCAAAGUUUGAUGAUUCUGGUCUUGUAUAUUUAAAAAAAAAAGAUUAAUUAUUAUUCUUAGUAUUCUUAGUAUUUAUAACACACAAAUGAAAGUGUUUCUAUGAACAUGUAUUUGGAAAUGUCAUAACGUUUAUCACAUAACAUAUCACAUACCUCUUUGUAAUGGUGCUAACUGUAUUUUUGCCAUGAGGUUCUGUGUAACACUUAUAGUUUUAAAUUUUGCUUUUUUUUUUAAUUGAAAAGCAGAAAAACAAAGCUGAAUCUACAAAGUAAAAAAAACUGUGUGCCCUAUAAGAAAGUGAAAAAGGAGAAAACUAUUUUUUACUAUUAAUGUUUACAUUGUUCAGAUUUUCUCAUCAUUUGAAGUGACCAAAAUGCAAAUGCCUUUUUCUCCUUUCUUUUCUGGCUUCCUGAUACAUAAUUCCACUUCAUGUCAUUGCAUUCAAUUUAUACCCUUGUGAAAAGGAAAUAUACUUUAAAGCAUUAAACGUAUGUUUAAAUUAGGUAAAGAAUACUAAAAGUGCAUUUUCAAGUUAAUGUACUUUAUGAAAAUACACAUUAAAUCUGCUUUUCUUUGUAUUUCUAUUUAAGCAGUAUGUUAUAAAUUAUACAUUGUGUUUAUGGAAAAUAUAUAUAGUAGCAUUAAAUACUUAAAGUGCACUUUAGUGUAGUGUUUUUCUCAGUAGCAUCAAGGUGUACACAAUAUGUGCAUCAAUACUCAAAUUAGUACAUUUGCAUUAUACCUUGUAUAUUAAAAAUGAUGUUUAAAAAACACACUCUUAAAUCUACUUAGGUUCACACAAGUUGUACAAGAAAAGCACUCAAAAACACAAUUUAAUGCUUUAAUGUUUUAUUUAAAUAUAGCUUAAUUACAACUGAAAUAUAGGUGCCAAAAAGUUGUUCCAAAACAGUUUUCAAAAUUUCAAUUUUUAAAAGUAUGUACUUUUCCAUAUAAAGUAUACUUUUAGAAAAUAUACUUAAUACGCUUUUCUUUUACAAGGGUAACCAGUCGUUAACUGAGGGCCCCAGGCCACCUUGGGGCCCUAGGUUUUAAAAUGCUAAUACUGCUAUUACUAACAGUAAUACUAAGAAUAUAACUCAUACUAGUGAGCCCCACAUGAAUGACUACCCCAGGUUAGUGGUAGCAUCCAUCCCACAAUUUAAACUAAUAUGCUUACAUGUUUUUAUUCUGGUGGAGGGUGAUUCAAAAACAGCAACAUGUGCAUUUUUUCAGCUUUUAAUUUGAGAAAUUCAAAACAGAAUGAAUAAGUGUUACACAAACUCAUGAACAACAUUCUGUUUGUUUUCCGCACAAACUAAUACUGCAGAUUAACACUUUAAGGUGCUAAUCAGUGUUCCGUUUCAGCUCAUCUGAUUCAGCUAAUGUGGGGCAUUGCUUCCUCUCUGACUGUCAGUAUUGUAUUAUACCCUUCUUUAUUAUUUUGUUUGUGUACUGGACCUGCUGUAUGAUUGUUAUGAUUAUAUUAUUAUCUUGAAAUGCUGUAUCUGCAUCUUUUACAUUGUAAAUAAAUGUAAGUCUUUGUACA